AUGGCGCAACCGGGCACCGCCAUUUUGGGCUUGCGGGGUUCGAAUGCAUCCCUGACACUGGAUCUGAACAAGGCAAGUCAGAAUGGCAGAAUCAGCCCAAAUGGCGGCAAGGAUAGGUGCCAGGACCCGUAUUUACGGCGAGCGAGUCGACGCCUGACACGUUCCCAACUGCAGGCUUGCCUCUCCAAUGUGACAGCCCUGCACUCAGAGUUUUGGGACAUCCCGAUGAACCACCCUGAGAGGGCUGAAAUCGCUGGUUGUGGGGCCAAGAACAGGUACAGGAGCAUACUGCCAAAUGAACACAGCCGGGUGCGACUGCGUCAUGGUGUGGAGGAGGAGUACAUCAAUGCCAACUACCUGAGUGGCUAUGGGGGCAAGCCUCGUGCCUACAUCGCCACUCAAGGACCCCUGGCCCACACGGUGGCGGACUUCUGGGCCAUGGUGUGGCAGGAGCGGGCCCCAGCCAUUGUCAUGAUCACCAACCUGGUGGAGGAUGCCAAGGUAAAGUGUGAGAAGUACCUGCCAGAAGCGCGUGACGUGUACGGCCCCUUCACAGUGGAGGUGGUUCAGACAUCGGCACGUGACGGGUACACGCUGCGGGAGCUCAUACUUCAGAAAAGUGAGGAGCAGCGGCGGGUGCAGCACCUCUGGUACACGGCGUGGCCCGACCACCGGGCACCGGCUUCACCCACCCAGCUGCUCUCGUUGGCCCUGGAAGUGGAGCAGCUGCAGGCACGUUCCCCGGGACCCAUUGUCGUCCACUGCAGUGCGGGCAUUGGCCGCACUGGCUGCUUUGUGGCCAGCAGCAUUGGCAUCCGGCAGCUGCGAGAGGAGAACAGCGUCGAUGUGUUGGCCAUUGUGUGCGCUCUUCGCAGGGACAGAGGAGGCAUGGUGCAGACGGCCGAGCAGUAUGAGUUUGUCCAUCGAACACUGUGCCUGUUUGAGCGUGAGCUGCCUCACAGAGAUGCCCGUUGAGAUGCUCUUCGGCGGGGCUUGCUUGCAAGGGUGACGAGUUCCUUGCGGGUGGAAAGGACCGUGGGUGCUGUGAGGUGCCAGUUGCGCUUGUGGACCUCCUUCUCCUUCGGCACACCACUGGGUCAGGCACUCGGCUGUUGUCGAAUGCGCCUUUUUGCCAUUUCAGCCACACUCAUCACUAUUUCACUAUUUCCUUUAAUCCCCACGGGUGAGUGUGUGUGCUUCCUUUGCUAUCGAAUGUGUGAACCAGUUGGCAUAAAGAACUUGUCUGGCUGUGCUGGUGCCAUAAGAGUGAUGGUACAAGUGGAAACAUUCAAGCCGAUGGGUCCCCCCUUUUAGAAGUGCUGCCAAGACGAGCAUCCAUCAUCUGCUCUUAUUCACUUGUUGUUCGGUGUCCGGCUGUUUGUGUUGCUGGCUCGUGUGCACUGUUUUUUUUAAAAAGAAGAUGCAACAAGCAUCAACUGACUUUAGUUUCAUUUUGGAUAAGCAGCAAUUCCUGUCCAACCUCAAUACAAUAGACACGGAUAUUAAAUACCAUAUAUGGCGAAGUAACUUUUGACUUCCCAAACUAUAUAUAUUUUGCUGAUACUAGUUUGUGCACUUGUAAUCCAAUUAAGUGAAGAUAUUUCCAUGUCAACAUUGCAACAAAGUUGUGCUCUGUAAAUUCAGGAAAUCGCACUGCAUGACUAGAAUGCAGACAACAUCAGAAUGUUGAGGACAAAAAAGCGUGAGCUGUGUCAUUGGCUGGCAAGGGACACUACUGUCUCACUUGGCCUCUUCCAUUGUCAGUGCCACUUCUGUGUCUCUCAAGUGGUGUCUUACCCAUUCGACCACUGUCUGACAAAUGCAGCCUCUCUCCAAAACUGUUUAAAGGGCCUCAGGUCACUUAGCUUGUGCAUUAUGAAAAAAUGCUGAUCAUUUUCUUCUUCUUAUUCACUUUCUCAGAAUGGCUGGACCACUUUUGGUUAUGCUUUGCAGGGUAAUGUGAUUUGGUUUGCACCAAGUGCAAAAUUGUUGAAAAAGUGUUUCAGCAUACAUGUUUUGUUUGUGUAAAUAAAUGCCCACUUGCGCAUAUGGCAAUGCUACAUAGCUAAUGGCAGGGUUGAUAUCUGAAUUUUUUUUUUCUAAGGUCCCUUUUGAUAGGUAAAAGAGAAUUUCAGUUUUCAGGCGCUAGGCACAGGUUCCAUUUGAAUCACAAGUUUUUCUGCUGUUGUCAAAUAAGGACAUCUCGAAAGGCAAUUUUUGCAGUCUGAUUAGCAAAAAGAGCAGUGAUAUUUAAGUGGUUCAUUUUUGCUUGAACCAUCACAGGGUUGCUUGGGUGUAGCACAUUUGCAUGAAGCAUUUUGCAGUAGCAUUUAUCAGGCUCAUUAAAGUACUUUGUAAUGAAAUGCAUAAUAGGCUGAGGAAUGGCACAUAACUUCAUGCGAACACAAUAGCGAACACAAUAAGAACCCCGAGUGUUGUUUUGUAGAUAGCACCAGGUGUUUCAGCUACACCUAUCUCAGCUUUAAGAUAUCUUUUUAACCAUGAACUCCUUCGGGGCAUAUUUUAGUUGCAGAUGUUGUGCAGUCAUCUGCUGGUAAUUGUGCCAAACUCCAGCUUUUUGUUGAAGGUGUGUUUCUACUACACAAACGUGUGAAGUUGAACAGCCAUGUUAUUUCAGUGUACACUUUUUAUUCAGCAUUUCACAAAUUUGGUUGACCACUGCACUAGGUCAACCUUAGUUGCUCUUUAAGAAGUUUGUGAAAACUAUUUGAUCAGUAAUUACCGUCUACAAAAGUUAAUGUCUGUCCACCAUGAUAAAUCACUGUCAGUAGAAAUUGCCGCUUGCUCUUGAGUUUCUCCUGUUUCUAGUAAUUGGAGUGGUGUUGUUGGAACGCUUCAAAAGUUUUGCUGUUUAUUUACGAGCUUGAAUUUCAAGAUCACUCCAUGAUACUGAGAAGAACCAUGCAUUUUUUUUUGCCCAUGCUAUACACUGUGAAUGUGAACUCUUUUUUUUUUUUGGCUUUGUUUGAAGUACUUGUGUGAUAGCACAACCUUCUUCACUUUUGAAGCAUUCAGGUUUGGCAAAAGUAUUUAAAGGAGUCCUGACACAAAAAUUUUCGCCCCGCGUUUUUUUGCUGCAGUGUGUUGCUGGGGGCCUGUUAAUCAUAACACGGCACAUCGUUCGCUGCAGCGCGCGACAGAUAAUUAAUUACAAGCUCCUCAUUACCGACACAGCCUCAGUUUCGGUUUGACAGAGCUCCAAAAACGACAAGCCGCCGGGUGCAACUAUCACCACCUAGCGAGUGAAACGCUCGGUCACGUGAGCACACAGAACGCUGGCGCAUUUCCGCGCGUUCUGUCGUCGUCGGGCUCAUCAUCGUCUGAUGGCGACGAUUUUCUUGCGGCGGGGAUCGAAGGAAUUUGCGACGUGGCGAAUCACUUCAGGUUUGACCCGCUGGCGAGGAGCGAUUCGUCGGGAAGCGCGUCAAAACAGAAAUGGCGGCUACGACGUCAUCGUAACUUGUACCGGCUGCAACGGUUACGUUGGGGAAGUAGGGGGGUCACCUCGGGUCACCUCCGAGGGUGUCAAUGCACUAGGUGCGGCCUAUAAUGCUGGAUCGCGCUCGCGAAUUUUAAAAUUCAUAUAAAAUACCUUCCAAGCUUUAUUCGCUGUCGAUAUUUUGCAGAUGGUACACGCACGUACACGGGAAUCGAUCCAGCAGCCUAUCUCGGCCGCGAAAUUUUGUGUCAGUACCCCUUUAAUGUUGUGUGACACCGUGUGAGACAGCCAUGUCCAGAACAACACGCAACCGUGAGAUUGUCUGUGUUCACCUUUGUGCUAUGGCCUGUCACUUUAAUUACUGAGAACCGAACCUUUCGUUUGUUAUUUCUUGCACAUCAUGCUAGAAGUGCCAGUUCAUAGAUUUCCAUAAAACCAACACAAUGUGUUGCACAGCCAUUUCUCUUUUUUUUUUUUUUAUCUGCAUUAUGAUUCUGUUUUAUUUGUUCUGUCCACUUGAUGUUUCUGUCAUUGAGGGACUACAUUGUAUCACUGAUUUUGUCCAGUGGCUGAAGGAAACACUGGAAGGAGGUGAGCCUGUCUAAGUAGCUGGUUUUUCUAUGACUGAGGUCAUAUCGAUCACUUUUGGUGACGUUACACAGAUCAGACUAGGCCAGCAGGCAGCUUGCACAAAAGGGAAAGCACGCUUGAAAGUGAUUGGCCGACACUUGUAUCUUGGUGCAUUGCUGAAACGUAACAAAGAAUGCAUCUUGAAGGGCCCCAGAACCACCCAGAGGGCAAAAUGUGGUUGUGGUGUUGCAAUUGUUUGCAACAAACACGUAGCCGUGAGAACGCAUCCGAAUUAUCAGAUCUUCCGAAUUAACGAGCGUUUACUGUACUUCAUUUAAGGGAGUUUAGUGGUUCAGGUUCUGCCACAUGCCUUGGUUUGCAUCACUUAAUAAUCUUACCUCAUUUGUCCCGAAAAAAAAAAAAAAAAGAUAGAAGAAAUGACCAGCUGUGUAGUUGUCUGUAGUGUGGAGAAAUCACACAAACAAUGCUUCCAAGUGUUUUAUUGAGCAAUGCAGAGCCAUUGAUGCAAUCUUGCAGAAUGACAUAAGCAAAAAACAAAGCUGCAAUUAGUGGAAAUUUUUGUUACUUGCUGUCAUGCACGACCACUGUUGCCUUGACAGAGUCUGUUCAUUGUGAUAAAAUUUUGGCAUCAGACUCCAUUCUUACUCUUCAUUAGUUCCUGAAAACAAAAAUUUACAUUUACAGAUAGAAAUCACUUCAAUUGGACAUGUUUGGAGUAGGAUGGCUGUAAUACCUCAUUUUACAUCUGAAGAUCACAACAGGGCUUGUUGCUGAGCUAGUUGGUUCAUAACUUGAGGUAAAACUGUAAUGACGCAAAGAAGACGGGGACGAAGCGAAGACACGCGAAGACGAAGCGACAGACAGACACGCCCGUGUCU